AUGGAGGGAUCUGAGGCCGGAAGCUUCCUUAAAGUCCUAUUCAAAAACAUCGACGUUCUUGCUGGGCCCGUGGUUAGUCUUGUUUAUCCUUUAUAUGCGUCAAUUCGGGCAAUUGAGACAAAGUCUCGAGCGGACGAUCAACAAUGGCUUACUUAUUGGAUUCUCUACUCUAUGAUUACAAUUUUCGAGCUUACAUUCGCUAAACUAAUCGAGUGGAUCCCUUUUUGGUCAUAUGCAAAGCUGAUUUUCACGUGCUGGUUGGUCAUACCGUACUUCAGUGGUGCAUCGCACGUUAAGCCAGAUGACAUUCUAAGUGCAGCGGAGAAGUACAUCGAAGAAAAUGGAUCCGAAGCAUUUGAGAGGAUAAUCCACAGGGUUAAUAGGGAUGCUACUUCUUCGAGUAGUCACGACCAUGCAUUUUAUGAUGACGACUAUAGGUACUGA